CGUUGAAUGGCUUUUUGUGGCACUGUGGCAGCAUCAAAACGAUUUUAGUCGCAGUCGCAGAGAUUUUGGUUUUGGGGGAGGUGCGGAAAAAAGCUUCUACGAUUUCUUUUUCACCAAUUCUUCAACAACAUUCAAACGAACGAACAAGUAACCAGACCUUAUAGCUGAACUCAGCGAAACCGGACUACAGGCAAGACAACCUUUAGACUUCACCGAGAGACAUUAUCGAAUCCAACGAAUCCCGAAAAUGGCCCACACACAUCUGGGACGCGCCGUGAAAAACAUUGAGGCGCCACGCCCACUCAAGACACAGUCGCGAUCGUCGUUGAAAAACAGCUACCUGGUGAUUGAGGAGCUUAUUCAAUUGAUUGACAGCGUUACCCUGGGUUUGCAGUCGUGCAAUACCACGCCGGAAUCGAUCACGCUGCUGCUGCACAAUCUCCGGGUGCAUGGGCCGCAACUAGAGGCUGUGUCCAAGGACACACUGGAUCGGGCCUUUGUCGUUUUCCGCAACGCUUCGCAGGACGAACGGCUGAACAUAACGACGCGACUUAAGUUGCUCGAGCUCAUUGAGCUGCGUGCCAAGAGCUGGGACAAUGACGACACAAUCGCGUACUACAAGUCCAAGCAGCAGAUCUCUAACGUGGAGCUGCCCACGGAAUAUCAGUACGAUGCCGGCGUUCAGCCAGGCGCCUUCAGCACCUCCCCCACAUUCGGCGUCAGCGGUGGUGUUGGCGGUGUCAACCUAGGAGCCGCAGCCACCGCUGCCGCCGUUUUCAAUGCGGCAAAUGCAGCCGCAGCCGCUCAAGCAGCGGCCAUUGCAGCCGUCGGCUCACCCAACCAGCAGCACAUGCUGCUGCCGCCCGGUGAAGUCAUCCGUAAUUCGGGCAAGUUUCCCAAACCGACCAAGAUCCCCGGUAAGACGUACUGCAAGGACGAGGUCGUAAUUCGCAAUGCCGACUCCGGCAAAGUUAUGGGCAUCAAGGGGCGACGCGUGCACAUGAUCGAGGAACUAAGCGAAACCAUAAUAUCGUUUCAAAGAGUAAACCCGGGCGCCAAGGAGCGUUUGGUACAGAUUACUGGUCCAGCCGAGGAUAAAAUUAAUUACGCAAAACAACUGAUGGAGGACACAAUCCGACGGAAUGCCUCGCCUGUUCGCUUAGAACCCGCUCCCGCUGCCGGAGGAUCCUGCUCCUCGUUGAACUCGUCCAACUCGGAUGACGCCAUCGUGCAACCACGAACCCCAAGCGGAAGCAGUUUGGCCAACCGGCUGAGCUUCAACUCGGCCCAGAAUUUUAUGACUGCCACUGCUGCUGCGCAGCAGAUUCAGCAGCAAGUUCUCCAUCAGCAGCAGCAGGUGCUCCAUCAAACGCAUCACCAGCAGCAGCAGCAAGUUGCCGCCGCAGCAGCAGCGGCACAUGCUCAGGCGACAGCCGCUGCCGGUAAAGUCUUGCGUCCCAAUCAACAGCUGCUAAUGCACUCAUAUUCCACAAACGAUGCUUCCGUAGGUGAAUACAAGUUCACGGUCAACGUGGGCCAGCACCUGAUCAAGAUCACCGGAGACUGUUGCGAACUAGUACGCGUGGCCAAGCUCGUCCUCGAUGACUAUUUCAGCAGCUCAGAGUUUCUGGCCUCCAUUGAAGCUGGUGCCGCAUUCGACGGCACUUCUCUGGUGAGCCCAGUGACAACACCAUCGACUCCUCUUCCUGGAGCCGGUCCACCGCAAUUUUUGCUGCCUGGAACGGAUAGCGGCAUUGGACUGAACUACGCUUCCUCCUCGGCAACCAACAAUAAUGGCGAGGGCGAUGACGAGGUGUUUGCAGAGCCCAGCAAUGGGGGAUCUUCGACUAACAGUCAAAAUGGAUUGGCGAGGUCACGUCGCAGCCACUUUUCGCGCAAAGAGUCGACGCCAGAAACUAAGGGAGUUCGCGAGAAAUUUGACGUGGACGAACUGCCAGGACUUAAUCCUUUAAAGAGCAAUGCAUCUCGCGUUUCUUAUGAUAUUGAACACUUGAUCUACUACUCGAUGAGUCCACAUGCCUGGGCUUUGCCCACAGACUGGCAAAAGAUGCAGGAGACAACGCCCUCGAUUCUACGCAACAAGGUAAUUUCGCCUCUCGAUGGCGCAGUCGACAGUAUCGCUUACUCGUCGAACUUCCCCAAUUCCAUUAUCACCACUGCACCUAACUCAUCAGUAAUAACAAUUUCGACUGCGCCAUCAGCAAUAAAUACAAUAACCUCCACCCCAAACACCAACAUCAUCAGCACUACCGUUGGAGGAGACAAUCCCAUAACUGUCACUAACAAGCAAUCAAAAGGAUUCAUCGUUGAUCGCGAGUCUCGUCGCCUUCCCAAGCCAUCGGCCAUGUCCGAUCGAAACUUGUAUAAUAAGCAAUUGCAAAUCAUAACCAAUACCGUAGGUGCAUCGGUUGCACACCAGGGAAAAAAUCGCCAGUCUAACUAUCAAGCAUCCCAAGUGAGAGCAAUUUUCCAACGUUACUGCGAGGAUGAUGAAUUUUCCAUGGCCUUAUGCGAACCAGAAACGAACAACAAUCGUUAACCGUUUCUUUAAAUUAUUUUUAAGAUAUAAAAUUAUUUUACGUUACCGUAAUACGUAUCGAAUAUUCAUGAAUCUCAGUCACAGACAGGCAAACCUUUUUUUCGAAUCAUUACAAUAAUGCAAGCCAUUAAUCAUUAUCAUAUAGUCAUUAAGUUAAAGUCAUACCAACGAAACCAAAACAAAUACAAAGUUAAACAACUUGCUAGUCCUAGGCGUAACAAUACAUCUAAUGCAUUGAAAUUAAAAUGUAACUAUAGGAAGAAUCUGUGUUUUGGCUGUGAAACAGAUUAAGUCUUCGCUAGAGAUAAACUGAGAACGCGUUUCGAACCGUUUAACAACUAACAACAAAACAACAUUUUUGCAUUCACACCGACAUUUACAAAUCUGUAAUUAAUGUUUAAUAAGACUUAUAACAACUGUAACAAACUAAGUUUUAAGCGUUUUAUCCCCCAAACACAUAUUCAAUACAAUUUAUAAAAACUAAUAAACUUAAGGGCUUAGAAAGUCCGUAACAAAG